AUGCUUAAUUUCACCGAUGUGAAAGAGUUUAUUCUUUUGGGACUAACUAGUCAUCGGGAAUGGCAAGUUCUCUUCUUUAUCAUUUUUCUUGUGGUCUAUAUUAUCACGUUAGUGGGCAAUAUUGGCAUGAUCAUGCUAAUCAAGGUCAGUCCACAGCUCAAUAGCCCCAUGUACUUUUUUCUCAGUCAUUUGUCAUUCGUUGACGUGUGGUUUUCUUCCAAUGUCACCCCUAAAAUGUUGGAAAACCUGUUAUCAGAGACAAAAACUAUUUCUUACACUGGCUGCCUGGUACAGUGUUUCUUCUUCAUUGCCCUUGUCCAUGUAGAAAUUUUUAUCCUUGCUGUGAUGGCCUUUGAUAGAUACAUGGCAAUUGGGAAACCUCUGCUCUAUGGCAGCAGAAUGUCAAGGGUUGUCUGUAUUCGACUGAUCUCUUUCCCUUACAUAUAUGGUUUUCUGACUAGUCUGGCAGCAACAUUAUGGACUUAUGGCUUGUACUUCUGUGGAAAAAUUGAGAUCAACCACUUCUACUGUGCAGACCCUCCUCUUAUCAAAAUGGCUUGUGCUGGGACCUUUGUCAAAGAAUAUACCAUGAUCAUUCUUAUAAUGCCAAAUUUCACAGAUGUGACAGAAUUUAUCCUUCUAGGGUUGACCAGUCACCAGGAUCUUCAAGUUCUCUUUUUUGGGGUGUUCCUAGUAGUUUACAUAAUAACUCUAUUAGGGAAUAUUGGUAUGAUCAUAUUGAUCAGUGUCACCCCCCAGCUUCAGAGCCCUAUGUACUUUUUCUUGAGUCAUCUGUCUUUUGUGGAUGUGUGGUUUUCAUCCAAUGUCACCCCCAAAAUGCUGGAAAACUUAUUAUCAGAGACAAAAACCAUUUCUUAUGUGGGGUGUUUGGUGCAGUGUUACUUUUUCAUUGCUCUUGUCCAUGUGGAAGUCUAUAUCUUGGCAGUGAUGGCCUUUGAUCGCUACAUGGCCAUCUGCAACCCUUUGCUUUAUGGCAGUAAAAUGUCCAGGACUGUCUGUGUUCGGCUCAUUUCUGUGCCUUAUGUCUAUGGAUUCUCUGUUAGUCUAAUAUGCACACUAUGGACAUAUGGCUUGUACUUCUGUGGAAACUUUAAAAUCAACCACUUCUACUGUGCAGACCCUCCUCUCAUCAAGAUUGCCUGUGGCGGGGUCUACAUCAAAGAAUACACAAUGAUUGUGAUUGCUGGAAUUAACUUUACCUACUCCCUCUCAGUGGUCCUCAUCUCCUAUACCCUCAUUGUAGUAGCUGUGCUACGCAUGCGUUCUGCUGAUGGGAGGAAGAAGGCCUUCUCCACAUGUGGGUCCCACUUGACAGCUGUUACCAUGUUUUAUGGGACUCUCAUAUUCAUGUAUCUCAGGCGGCCCACUGAAGAGUCUGUGGAGCAGGGGAAAAUGGUGGCUGUGUUUUAUACCACUGUGAUCCCCAUGUUGAACCCCAUGAUCUACAGUUUGAGGAACAAGGAUGUGAAAGAGGCAGUCAAUAAAGCAAUCAUCAAGGCCAACUUGGGCCAGUGA